AUGACCUCCAGCAGGCCACAAAUGUGCAUGUGUCUGCUCAAACGACCAGGCUUCGUCAGGCUCUUUGGCCUGCCAAAAACUGUCACCAGCCAGGAGAUCUGCCACUUCUUCAAAGGCCUGUUGUUCCAUGAUGUGAUAGCUAAUGUGAAGCUGGGCGUGAGACAGGGCUGCCUUGUAAAGUUUUGGCAUGCCCAGGACGCAUGUGAUGCACUAAGCUUCAACCAUCAGCAACUGGGCCGCAUCAGCGUGAAGGUCCGUGGGGCCUCUGAGGAGAUGUGGAGCUAUGCCAUCCAGCAGUGUCAGAACCCUUCAUAUGACCCCUUGGAAAAACCCUUGUAUAGGCCCACAACUCAUCAGAGAGAGAGAACCUUGUACAACCCCCAAGAAAUACCCUCGUAUACAAUCCAGAGAGAUGGACCCUCAUUAGAAUCCAAGGAAAUGCAGCACCAGGAAAGGGCAAGGCCCUCAUACAGAACCCAAAGACAAAGCUUGUAUGAGCCUGACAGAGAAACACACAGGAUCUGGGCCAAGAGGCGCUCUGAGGACAGGUCACGGUCAGCGAAGAGGCCCAGAUCCUGUGAGUCCCCGAGCAUGGAGUACUGUAUUAUGGCCAAAAAUCUAUCCAAAACAAUAACGAAGAAUGAAAAAUAAUUGUUUGGCUGUCCGAACAUCGCCAACAGCAAAAUAUUACACUUACUGUAUAAGGAUAACGAGAGGACAGAUACAGCAUUUGUAAUAUUCAACCAAACGGAAGACUACGUUUAUGCUUUGAACCUCAACGGUUGCCAUGUUGGUUCACAGGCCAUAGACGUCUCAUCUGUCACCAAGGAGAAGAUGCAAGCCAUGUUGUCAACUGGGAGACACCAUGGCAACCCCAAGACAACACCAGCAGUGUCAGAGCGUAGCGAGGAGAAACAUCAGAUUGAGAGACCCAGGGUGAGACCGUUUCCCACAGCACAGACGUGUUACGUAUGAAACUGCCAGUCAUACGUGAUGAAAGUGGGAAUACUUUUUUUCCCCUGCGACCUUCCUCUGACUGAACAGUUGAUCUACAUUCUGCGUGAUCAAGAUGGCAAUGGCAUCAGUGAGGCUGUGGCUCAGUUUAAAACUGAGGAUUUUGCCACACAGGCCCAGAAACGACAUGGCAAGACAUAUAUGGGGACCAGAGUGCUGCUCACCUGUAUCAGCUUCCAGCAGAUGGACAUUUUGACAAGGAAUGCGUAA